AUGGAGGGCUUGGCUUCCCCAGAAAGAAGACGGCGAUCUUCAGUCAACAUUCCUGGAUCUCCAAGCGCUUCGAUGAAACCAAUUUUUCAUCGCUCAUCAAUCAUCAAGCAGGAAAUUUUAAUGGGAUCCUCCUCGUUGAAGGACUAUUAUGAUAUCAAUAUUAAGAGUCUUGGAAAGGGAUCGUAUGGUUCAGUUGUCGCCGCACGAGAUCUCCGCACAGGAACAACUCGCGCAGUUAAAAUUGUAUAUAAACCGAAAAUAGAAAAUAUAACUCGUCUAAAGAGAGAGAUUCUUAUCAUGAAACGCUUGGAUCAUCCCAACAUCAUCCGUUUGUUUGAAGUCUUCGAAGAUGAAAAAGAUUUAUACUUGGUGAUGGAAUUAUGUACAGGAGGAGAACUCUUUGAUCGUAUUAUUAAGAGUGGACAUUUCAGUGAACGCUAUGCUGCUUCAAUUAUGAAGCAAAUCCUCUCAGCCGUUGCUUAUUGCCAUGCAAAUGAUGUAAUGCAUCGAGAUCUCAAACCUGAAAAUGUUCUAUACAGCGACUCCUCACCUCUCAGCGCCCUUAAGGUUAUUGAUUGGGGGUUUGCUGCUAAAUGCACCAAAAAUCAUAAAUUUUCCUCCGUCGUUGGGACGCCGUACUACGUCGCUCCCGAAGUGUUGUUUGGAAAUUAUGACAAGCAGUGCGACCUUUGGAGUGCUGGCGUCAUUCUUUUUAUAUUACUCAGCGGAUUUCCUCCGUUUCAUGGGAAAGACAAUAAGGAAAUAUUGCGAAAAGUUAAAAUUGGUGAAUACGCGUUUGAGGCCAAAUACUGGGGAAAAGUUUCAGAUCACGCCAAAAAUCUUAUUCGUGGACUUUUGACAUUUGAACGCAAGCGCCUCACUGCUUCUGAAGCUCUACAGCAUCCUUGGGUUCAGUAUUACAACCAAGCAGCGCUAACGCAAGAGUCACCAUUAACCAAUAAGCUUGGGGGGGAUUUAUUAGAGAAGUUUAGGAAUUUCCAGCGCCACAUUAAAUUGAAAAAACUCGCUUUAACAGUCGUGGCCUACCAGAUGACGGAGAAAGAUAUCGGAAAGCUUCAUGAGAUCUUCUCAGCGCUUGACAAAAACGCUGAUGGCGUCUUAACCAUCUCAGAAGUUAGCGCUGGCCUGGCGAAUAUGAACGUGAAAUACGGAGACGAAAUUGUAGAAAUACUGGAGGAAUUGGACACCGACGGCAACGGGACUAUUGAUUAUACGGAAUUCAUUGCCGCCUCUAUCGAUCAUAAAUUAUACGAACAAGAAGCUGUCUGUAAGGCUGCAUUCAGAGUGUUUGAUUUGGACGGCGACGGAAAGAUAACCAUCGAUGAAAUGCGAAAAGUAUUGGAAAUGAAUUUUGUUCAAGAAGCCUUUACUCGCGAAAUGAUCGAGGAAAUGGUUAAGGAGGUUGACACAAACAAUGAUGGCAGUAUAGAUUUCGAAGAGUUCAUGAAAAUGAUGAGAGGCAGUCAGAAGAAGAAGCUUGAUAGUUCACCGUUUUCAAAGGCAAAAGCCCUCCUCUAUCGAAAACUUGACUAA